GUUUUCUGAAUUCAGACUGCGGCCCACUGGACCCGAUAGCGAGCAACAAUCUGGUGGAGGUGGUGCGCGGCCUCAUCGGCACCCCGCCCGCGCUCGAGCGCGUCGCGCAGCUCUGCGACUUCUUACUACUCAUGCAUCAGGCAAGCGAUACGUUCGUGACGCACUCGCGAGCGAACUUCUACUUCCUGCUGACGUCGGAGACGCAGGAGAUGAGCGAGUUCGGGUCGAGCGCCAGGCGGCGCGCGUCCCGCCGCAGCCGGCGCCGCGCGGAGGAGCGCCCGAGCGCGUCCAGCACCUCGGCCGAGGACGCCGACGCGCGCGACAGCGACCGGAUGGACAGCAGCGUCGAGUCCACCAAGCAGCUCAAGGGCAUCAUUAACAUGCACAUCAAGGAGGGCAGGAAACACAAUUUAUCGUCAACGUCUGAAAAUUCGGACACUACUACCGGUAAGUUCCGUUGUCUAUCUCUCUGCUUACAGCUUAGUAUAAGAUAAUGUGAUCAGUGAUGUUAUGAAAAACUGAAAAAUGUA